GUGACAGUUAGGACACUAACGAACUUGUUUUUAGUAUAUAUUAGCAAUAAUGUCUGACAAUAUAUCAAAUGAAGAGAAAACUGGGAAUUAUACUAUAGAACAUAUGAUUUCUAAUGAUUCUGAGUUUGAUGAUGCAUUAGGUGUACCUGAUUCUUUGGAAGUUACACUCAAUGAAAAUGAUACCACUAAUGCUCAGAGCAAAGAGGAUGUUGAUAAUAGAGAAUGUCUUGGUGUGAUACCUUUUGCUGCAAUACAUGAGUUACCGAAAAAAUUCAAAUGUCAAAACCGUAAUGUGUUCAUUCCUGGUGAAGAGGUGCAUGUGAAAAUUAUAGAUAAUGAACGUAGUGUAACAACACAUCCCUUGAACCCAAAUCUAUAUACUAUAGAAUUCAGGCAUGGUCUAUUCGUUUGGACAAUUAAAAAACGUUACAAGCAUAUUCAGAAUUUACAUAAUCAAUUAAAACUGUACCGUGCUAGCUUGGAUAUACCAUUCCCAACUAAAAGCCACAAAGAAAGAAGAAACAGCUUGAAAAGUUUAGUGGAUCUCAAAGAAAAAAAGGGUCGUAAAGGAGCUUUACCAAGGUUUCCAAAUAAACCUGAUGUUCUGGUACCUUAUGAGCAGCUAGAUCAUAGGAAAAAAGUGUUAGAAGAGUAUUUAACUAAUUUAUUAAAAAUAAAAAUUUAUAUGCAUCAUCCUGAAACUAUCAACUUUUUAGAGAUUUCACACUUAUCAUUUAUAGCAGAUUUAGGAAUGAAAGGCAAAGAAGGAUUAAUUUUAAAACAAACAGGUUCAGGCGCAAAGACUAGGUGUAAUUUUUGUGGUCUGUUGGAAGGCAUGUGUUGUGUUAAAUGCAGUCAUUUUUGUACAUAUCUAUGUGGAAAAUGGCAUUCUCGUCAUCUUGUCGUUAAAGAUACCUUCGUCGCCUAUAUUAGGCCUAAAGACGGUAGCAUUAAAUCAGUAAUUUUAAUGGAUAAUGGUUUUGGAAUCAGUUUUGGUCUGUAUACAACAGGCUUAAGAAAUGGUAUGCAAAUUGUGAAUCUUAGUAGGCAUAUAGUAAUUAAGUGUUGGACUAGAAGAAAGGCCAAAGAAUGGAUGGAAUUUAUACAAGAUGUUAGUAACAAGGAAGGACGGUAUUUUAUACAGUCGAAUCCCCACAAUUCAUUUGCGCCUAAUCGCUCAACGAUACCGGCCUCUUGGUUUGUCGAUGGAUCAAGUUACAUGUCGUCUGUAGCAGACGCGUUAGAGAAUGCUAAAGAAGAAAUUUUUAUUGCAGACUGGUGGCUAUCACCUGAAAUUUAUAUGAAGAGACCAGCAAUCAAUGAUGAUUAUUGGAGACUAGAUAGAAUCUUACAAAGAAAAGCUCUCGAGGGAGUAAAGGUAUUUGUAAUGAUUUAUAAGGAAGUAGAAGUUGCUCUAGGGAUCAAUAGUUUCUAUAGUAAACAACGGCUCGUUGAAAAAUGUCCAGAUAACAUUAAAGUAUUGCGUCAUCCAGAUCACGCAAGAGUAGGUGUGUUUCUCUGGGCGCAUCAUGAAAAAAUUGUAGUUGUUGAUCAAAGCAUUGCAUUUCUUGGUGGCAUUGAUUUAUGCUACGGCCGUUGGGAUAAUAAUGAACACAGAUUAGUAGAUUUAGGUUCAACGCACCACUCUAGUAUUUAUAUUCCAUCCAGAGGAAAAUGUACCAAUACCAGUAGUAAGAAAGUGUCCAACUCAAAAAUAUACAAACAUGUCUUGCUACCAUUAGCUAUUGCAACUAAUACAAUUGUAAUGGCCACUACGAAAACAAUACCUGUAUUGCCAAUGACGAGUUCCAGAACGAUAAUGCCACUACAAAUACCACAAUUAAGCCCAGAAGAUUUAAUGUUAAUGUCUCAAACAAAAGAUAUAGAUACUAUGAAAUGCAAUACUCCAAACACAGAACGAAAGAACCUGUUUGGUAUGGCAAAAGAUACCAUGGGAAAAGUAACACAGAACAUAAAAUUAAAAAGGCAAGAAUUGAUUAAUAUGGUGUACAAUCCAAACGAGGAAAGUAGUGACGAAGAAGAUGUUGUAGAUAGUGGUACAUUAGAAACUGCAAUUGAAACCAGUGAAUCAAUGAUAUAUAAUGAAGAAGAUACAUUUUCAGAAUACUCAGGAACGGCUAAACUGUGGCUCGGAAAAGACUAUACUAAUUUUAUUGUUAAAGAUUUUAACGAUCUCGAGAAACCUUAUCAAGAUUUAGUAGACAGAAGCACAACUCCUAGAAUGCCAUGGCAUGACAUAGGUGUUAUGGUACAAGGUGCAUCAGCAAGGGAUGUUGCCAGGCACUUCAUUCAACGUUGGAAUGCAAUUAAGAUGGAAAAAGCAAAAUUAAACUCGUCUUAUCCAUUUCUGCUCCCAAAAUCGUACAACGAUUGCAGAAGUUAUGCACCAUUUAUUGAAAAAGCUGCUGUGCACAAUGUUGAGUGUCAAGUGUUGAGAUCAGUCAGCUCUUGGUCUGCUGGUUUUCUUGAUUCGGAAACUUUGGAACAAAGUAUACAAGAAGCUUAUAUACAAGCUAUAAGUAAAGCCGAAAGAUACAUAUACAUAGAAAAUCAGUUUUUCAUUACAUUAGCAUCCAUGGAACGAACUACAGUGAAAAAUCGUAUAGGAGAAACAUUGUUAAAACGAAUUUUAAGAGCUCACCGAGAAGGCGCUGUAUUUAGAGUAUUUGUAAUUAUGCCACUAUUACCAGGUUUCGAAGGCGAAGUUGGAGGACCUAGUGGUACAGCCUUACGUGCUAUUACGCAUUGGAAUUAUGCUUCUAUAUCCAGGGGCAAAGGUGCCAUCUUGAAUCGUCUAAUUGAUGCAGGGAUAGAAGACCCUAGUGAAUAUAUUACAUUUCAUGGAUUGAGAGCGAAUGCCAAGUUGAAUGGUACAUUGGUGACAGAAUUAAUUUAUGUUCACAGCAAACUAUUAAUUGUAGAUGACAAUACGGUUAUUUGUGGUUCAGCUAAUAUUAAUGACAGAAGUAUGAUAGCGACUAGAGAUAGCGAAAUUGCAGUAAUAAUUCAUGACCAAGAAUUUGAAGACGGGCGAAUGAACGACAUACCAUUUCCUUGUGGUAAAUUUGCAGGAUCGUUAAGAAAACAGUUAAUGUCCGAACACCUAGGGUUACUCGAGACAAACAAAGAUAUAGAUAUAACUGACAUAAUUCGAAAAUCAUUUUAUAGAGAUAUAUGGUGCUCGAGAAGUAGUCAGAAUACGGAAAUUUAUGAAGAAGUGUUCCAUUGCAUUCCCACAGAUAAAGUUGUUAAUUUUUCUAUGUUAAAACAAUAUCAAGAUGAAGAACCACUUUGCUUGUCUGACCCACUUUUGGCUCAAGAAAUGGUUGACAAAAUUAAGGGCCAUUUGGUUCACAUGCCACUGAACUUUUUGUGUAAUGAGGAUCUGAAACCUGCUGCUGGUACAGUAGAAGGUAUUAUGCCAACGGCGUUAUGGACGUAA